AUGAUAGGAGAAGGUAUUUGUGUUUCAUAGGGUCAAGUUCUUAAGCAUUUGAUGAAUGAUAUCCCCAAAAGAAAUUUGGGCUUAGUAACUUUACAUAGAGGAUAGCUUGUCAAUAAGAAAAUUAGACAUACCAAUAGAAAUGAACAUGAUGUGCACUACAAACUUGUUUCAGAUAGUCCCUUAAUUUACUUCAGAUAAAGAUCAAACUUUGAAGUUAUUGCUGAUUGUAAUUUAUUGAUAGCUUUCUUUCUUUCUUACUUGCUUUGCUUCCUUAUAUUUUCUAACUAACUCUAAAAACAAACAAAUUUCUCCAAAAUAUUAAACUAGGAAUUUUUUUAUUCAUUGAGCGCAAUAAUUAUCUAUUCGCUUUAUAAUAAAAACAAUUGA